AUGGCCAAGAAUUACAAAGAUGGCUCGAUGAUUGAGGUUUCAGACCCUCCGAUACGAUGGGACGAGGGCGAGUUGGGCAGAAUACAGUUGGAGUUCAGGACCCUGCAGAAAGAUUACAAAGGCGUUGACGCCAUCGACACCCGAAACCUGAGCGAGAUUGAGCAGCACGAAUAUUGCCGCCAACUAGUGAAAGGCGCAUUUCGGCUUCUGCGUCUCCGGCCUGAAGAUUACUUGGACUGUUUCGAGGCAUGCAUCCGCAAAUGUAUGAUCUCGCAUGCUCUGGAAGCACAACGCUGGAGCCGAUGGGGUGGUUACCACGUCUUCGUUUUGAAGAUGAGGGACAUUGCGUACCUUUCGGAGCUACACGGAAAGUACCAUAUUCUGCCUGCUACAAGUGUGGUGGCUUCAAUUGUUGUCAAGCAGCUUCGCAAGCUUAACAUAGGUGGCUUGGAUGAGAUUACCUGUCUCAUGAUGAGAUACAAAGUCUUUGAGUUUGCACACGCGUCAGUCAAGCACUAUAACAUGCGAGAAAACAAGAUCAUACGAACAAAGCACGUCAUACCAAACUGGAAGCCCAAAACGGUCAAGACUGAAAUUCCUGGCGGCUUUGGCGAGAUGGGAAUAUCCCGACCACUCCUGCACAAGUCUUUUGAGAUGGAGGAUACCAAGAGUCAGGCGGGCAUGAUGCUCAAAUCCCAGAUGUCAUUUCCACCUGUGACAACCAUGACGACAAAGAAGAUUACCAGGGAACAAGCAGUAGAUCUGGUCGUCCCCCAUAUGGUCAAGAUUAUGAAGGAGUUGUGGUCAACGACUACAAACGAUGAGUGUGCGGCGGCCCUGACCAAGGAGAUCGUCAUAGUAUUACCUCCAGAGAUUAAAGAAUGGCUAGAGAUGUGGAGCAGACAAGCAGGGAAGCAGGAAAUUGAGGUCUGGGUAAGAGAGGCUACUGAAGACCUCGAGGCCUACGAAUGGAGAGAGAGUCAAGUGGUACAGGGUCGGCCAGCCAUGGAGCCAAUCUACGCCGCCAUCAACGAACUGGAAAAAUUACACAACGAAAACGCCACAUCUUUCGUGGCACGCCACAAGCUUCAUGAAAGAACAGCCAUGAUUCGGCAAUACAUUAUGGGAAUGGAGGAGAAAUGGAAGGCGUGGGCAUACAAAGAGGUUAGCAAGGAAUUGCUCGAACGCCAAGCAGCGAUGGCAGCUGAUGUGAGCUUCAUUCGCCGCUCCCUCGAAGAGAAUGACGAACGUUGCUGGAAAAGACGUCGUGUAGACAUGGAAAACGCAGUAAACAAUGACGGAAAACAGACAAACUGGCUGCUAUAA